AUAGGAUUUUAUAUUUAUAGGAUACAGGAUUCACAGUGGCGAAAUCCAGUAGCGGAACAUCCUUGCACCGAGACAGAGAACUGCCGCCAAUAAAAGUGAUUUACGAUCCUUGAGCUGACGAUCGGCGUGAUACGAGGUUACCGUGAGAAUCCGCGUUCUGCUCGCAUUCUAACUCUCCGAACACGUUGUAAAUCGUUCGUCGAGUGAGGAAUGGGCCAUUGGAUCGAACCUGCUACUACGUACUAUCACCGGGGGACGUAACAUAAUCGAAAUCGAACGAAAAGGAGGGAAACUUGAACUCGGCUUGUCACGUCUUACAUUUAAUACGUACAACUUAUCGAUAUAAGUGUAACUACCGAAGAUAAAAUUCGUGCGACGCGAUGAUCACUCGAACGAAACUGUGGUGGAAGGUGGCAUGCUCUGGUCAGAAGAAAGCGAUACUCGCUGGCCUGGCGGCGCAUUCCGGACAAAUAUCCGUGGGGCUUGGUCAAGGAUUCAGCGCGAUUUUAGUGCCGAAACUGUUGGCCAGUCACUUUGCCAACUCCGAUGAGACGUCUUGGAUCGCUGCCCUAGGUGUCAUCUCUAAUCCUUUGGGCUCGUUGAUCGCCGGACUAUGCGCAGAGUGGUUCGGAAGAAGAUCGGCCAUCGCGUUGGCCAGUUUGCCUCAUGCCGCUGGAUGGUUGUUGAUAGCGUUGGCGAAAAGCUUGCCUCUGUUAUACGUGGGCAGAUUCGUCAGUGGAAUCGGCAUGGGCAUGGCAAACGGCCUAUACCUUUACGUCAGCGAGGCGGCCGCACCAAACCAGAGAGCCUGGCUGGGAAGCUGUGGCCCAGUUUUAGUUUCGCUCGGUGUCCUGAUCAUCUAUUCGUUGGGAGCGUUCACCACGUGGGAAAAGGCCGCUGCCAUCAGUAUAGCACCCGCUAUACUCUCGCUGGCUUUAACGCGUAUGAUCCCGGAAACACCGAGUUGGCUAGUCGCUCGAGGACGAAACGAGGAGGCGAAGGAAUCCUUGUUGUGGCUACGAGGCUCUAGCUUAACCACCGACAGAGAGUACGAGGAACUUUGCGAGGCAAACGUGAAAAGAGAAGAGGGAAAAGAGAGUCUGUUGAAGGCUCUUCACAUGCCAAGCGUGUGGAAGCCUUUCCUCGUGCUGUUCGCUUUCUUCGCGCUCCAGCAAAUGUCGGGCAUUUAUAUAAUCCUCUUCUACACGGUCAGCAUCCUCGAGGAAAUCGGUAUCGACCUGAACGAGUAUUCCGCGAGCGUUGGAAUCGGUGUGAUCAGGUUGUUCGCGUCGAUAGCCGGCGCUGGUCUAGCCAACAGCUUUGGCAGAAAAGCGCUAGCCUUCGUCAGUGGCUUAGGAAUGGCGAUCUCUGCCGUAGGCGUUGCUCUCUCCUACAGGUUCAAAUUGCCAUCGGUGGUAUCCUUGGCAUGCAUCGGAGGCCACGUAGGCUCCUCUAUGAUAGGAUUUCUCACUCUGCCAUGGGUCAUGACUUCCGAACUCUAUCCGCUAAGAUUCAGAGGAUCUUUAGGAGGCAUCACUACCAGUAUCGUGCAAAUGUUAACGUUCGCAACCAUCAAAAUGUAUCCUAAUCUGCAACCGAUAGUUGGUAUCGAGUGCUUCAUGUGGACGUUCGCCGUAGCUUCUAGCUUAGGAGCCGCAUUCGCCCUCACCAUCCUCCCCGAGACCAGAGGUCGAAGCCUCGACGAAAUAGAAAACGGAUUCUCGAGGAAGCUCGCCACGGAUCCGCCCGCCAAUGUCCAGUCAACCAGUCCAGCCGCCAUCUUUCUUCAACCUAAUGAUAUCACGCUCGAGAAAUUUGCCUCGAUACCCGAGGAGAAGCAUCGCAAUAUCACGACAAACGCGUACGCUUACGACAAUUUCUGCAUCGACUUAACCGCCGACCAUAUAGAAAAGAACAAAAAGGAAGCUGCCAAUGAUUCCGAAGCGAACCGUCAUCGUCUCGCUCGCCCACCGUCCGAGUCCGAACACCUGUAUUUCUAGCAGCCACCGAUCCUUCCUCCUCCAUCCGUUCAAUUUUUCGUGUAAACCAACCAACACGUUUUUCCUUCCUCUUCCAUCUACCGUCCUUGCCAUCUACCUACUCUUAUUCUUUAAAACUACUCGCUAUUUAUAUUAUCUUUACGCAAACUCCUCCUUCUAGAACAACGAUUUCUCAGCGUUUCCCGCCACUCGCGCACAAAUUACAGCCAAUAGUUUCCAACUAGAUAGUUUCCGGACCAAUCGGUAUCGAGAAAACGAAUUUCAAAUUUCACCACCCGUCUAUCCUUAUUUAUUCCGUGAAUACCUUCUUUCUCUGAUCGUCGAGUAGAAUAGUGGAAACGAGCAGCCGGCAAUUCGGAACGACCAUUUUCCUUCGUUCCUAAAACUAUGUUGUUUAUACAAACGAUCGUUAACCAUCCAUGUAUACUUGCAUCAACAUCAUCAUCAACAUACUCUGUGUACCGGCUUCUCUAAUUACUUUUGUAUAUAUAUAUAUAUACGUUUAUAUUUAUGGAAUAUCCCCGCUACGUUCGAAUAUCUCCGAAUCGAUUCGCCGCGUUAUAAGUCCACAUACUUGUAAAUAUAAUUUUCUUCCUGCAAAGUGUAUAUAAUUUUAUUUCCUAUCAAUAAAUGAAUUAUUUUUGCAACAA